UGGUAGCUUAACGCACGUUUCUCUCAUUUUGCAAACCAUCAUUCGCUAUUAAAACCAACAGAUAGUUUAGUGUGCUCGAUUCGUGUAGAAUUUUUCGCGAAUACGUUAAUUCGGUCGUUUUUUUUUUGUUUUUUUUUCUUCGGUCGUCUUUCUUUCGUUUUAUUUCCUUUUUUCUUUUUCUUUUUUUUUUCAAUGGCUUGUUAAAUAUUCGCUGUAGUGGGUUUUGUGCGGUUUUGCUUCGCGAUGUACCCGACGUUGUGGUGAAGUGACUUUUCAUCAUGGUUUGGUGUAUUGUGCUCAUGUAAAUGCAAUCGUCAUUAGGAAUCGAGGCUCGCUGGAGCAUAAAGCUGCUUCAGUUUGCCACCGACAACAUCGAGCAAUAUGUCUAAAGGAAUAUCUUGAAGUUCUCGCUAAUUAGCAGAAUGAUCAGCGGCGUGGUAGGCCGACAUAUGAGUUUAAAACGGAAAGAAAGCGCUCAGGUGCUACCGGGGCCAACCAUUACACCGGCUUAUAGCCCUCGGUAUCGUGGCAGGAGAAGAGCUGUGACUACAUCAGAUCACAAGACAUGUGCGCUAAUACAAACCAGAGUGAAGCUUGGCGACAUCAUGCUAGCAGCAGCUCAAGAGGCGGCGGCACAACAUCGUGCGGGUCGUGACUGGUCCUCCAUUACAGCAAUGGGAGGCCCAUCACAACCCGGGGCUAAUGUGGAGAAGGCGGCCCCCGGGCCGUCUUCACUGUUUGUCUUCGGAGAAAAUAAUCCCAUACGACGCUACACACGCUUCAUUAUCGAAUGGCCUCCAUUCGAAUAUGCAGUACUGCUGACAAUCAUAGCGAAUUGUAUAGUAUUAGCAUUAGAAGAACAUCUACCAAAAAAUGAUAGGACAACACUAUCACAAACUUUGGAAAAAACGGAGAAUUUUUUCUUAGCCAUUUUUUGCGUAGAAGCAGUAGUGAAAAUUUUAGCUUUAGGUUUCGUUCUUCAUCGUGGCGCAUAUCUUCGUAAUGUGUGGAAUAUGAUGGAUUUUAUAGUUAUAGUUACAGGGGUCUUAACGUGUUUGCAAGGUAGUGGUGAUGAAAGUAUGGACUUGCGUACAUUAAGAUCAUUAAGGGUACUUCGUCCUUUGAAAUUAGUUUCUGGCAUACCCAGUUUGCAAGUAGUAUUGAAAUCCAUCAUAAAGGCCAUGGCACCGCUGUUGCAAAUAGGUUUAUUAGUAUUAUUCGCCAUCAUCAUAUUUGCCAUCAUUGGAUUAGAAUUUUACUCGGGAGCGUUGCACAAGACCUGUUAUCGAAUAGAAAAUUUAGACCUUUCAUACACCGAUGAUCCUACGCCGUGUUCAAAUGAAUCAUCGACUACGUGGAAUAAAGGUUUUAUCUGCAACAGCGAGGAAGCCAUUUGUUUGGAGGAUUGGGAAGGGCCAAAUUACGGUAUAACAUCUUUCGAUAAUAUUGGAUUGGCUAUGCUAACUGUGUUCCAGUGUAUCACCAUGGAGGGUUGGACCACCAUACUGUAUUGGAUGAACGAUGCUCAUGGAAGUUUUUACAAUUGGAUGUAUUUUGUGCCGUUGAUCGUACUCGGUUCGUUUUUCAUGUUGAAUUUAGUUCUCGGUGUUCUCAGCGGGGAAUUUGCAAAAGAGAGAGAAAAAGUAGAAAAUAGACAAACUUUUUUAAAAUUAAGAAGACAGCAGCAACUGGAACGUGAGUUAGAUGGCUACAUCGAAUGGAUUUGUAAAGCAGAAGAGGUAAUAUUAUCUGAAGAUAGAACAACUGACGAAGAACGAUUGCACAUAAUGGAAUCGAGAAGAAGAGCGGCAGCAAAAUCGAAAAAAUUACGCAACGUUGGUAAAAGUAAAAGCACUGAUACCGAAGAAGAAGACGUAGAAGACGAAGAAGGCAUGGACGGAGGCGAAGGCGGCGGCGAAGAUGAAUUUGACGCGUUUGUUAUAGCACCAGAGAAGAAAUAUAGAAAAGGAAUAUCGAGAGCAAUAUAUUUAAAAAAUAAGGUCAAAAAGAAAGGAAUGUGCGCUAGCUUUUGGAGAGCAGAAAAAAGAUUUAAGUAUUCCAUCAGACGAAUGGUUAAAGCCACGUGGUUUUAUUGGUUCGUCAUUAUGUUGGUGUUCCUGAAUACGGUAUUCGUAGCCGUAGAACAUCGGGGUCAACCGGCAUUUCUCGAUAAAUUUGUCUUUUAUUCGGAAUACAUAUUUCUCGGUUUAUUUAUGUCGGAAAUGUUGAUUAAAAUGUACGCUUUGGGUCCAAGAACUUAUUUCCAAUCAGCGUUCAAUCGUUUCGACUGCAUUGUGAUAUUAGGAUCUAUUUUUGAAGUUGUUUGGUCUCACUAUAAAACUGGAUCAUUCGGUUUUUCAGUAUUAAGAGCUUUAAGAUUGCUAAGAAUAUUUAAAGUGACCAAAUACUGGUCUUCUUUACGAAAUCUUGUGAUAUCAUUAUUAAAUUCUAUGCGUUCCAUUAUAUCGCUUUUGUUUCUUUUGUUUUUGUUCAUUUUGAUAUUUGCACUUUUGGGCAUGCAACUUUUUGGCGGCCAGUUCAAUUUUGAAGGAGGAACUCCGCCCACAAAUUUUGAUACGUUUCCUAUCGCUUUAAUUACAGUCUUCCAAAUACUUACCGGUGAGGAUUGGAACGAAGUAAUGUAUAAAGGUAUUCGUUCCCAGCAAAUAGAAGGAAAAAGUGGAGCUAUGCUAUACGCCAUGUAUUUUAUAAUUCUCGUAUUAUUUGGUAAUUACACAUUGCUCAACGUUUUCUUGGCUAUCGCCGUCGAUAAUUUAGCUAAUGCUCAAGAACUGACUGCUGCUGAAGAGCAAGCUGAAGAAGAAGAUAAAGAAAAACAACAACAAGAGUUAGAAAAGGAGUUAGAGGCACUUCAUAUGAUAACGGAUGGAAAUACGCCUCGGGUACAAAUAAAUUCGCCAUCGCCAUCAGACAGCAUGAGUAAAUGGCAUAAACAUCACAAGUGUAAAGACGAUGAAAAAAGUGUAGAAGACGAUAAUGGUGAUGAUUCGGGCCCAAAACCAAUGUUACCUUACACAUCCAUGUUCAUCUUAUCGCCAACCAAUGCUUUACGAAGAGCAGCUCAUUGGGUUGUGAAUUUGAGAUAUUUUGAUAUGUUCAUCAUGAUUGUGAUAGUACUGAGCAGUAUGGCAUUAGCCACGGAGGAUCCUGUCAACGAACAUUCGGAAAGGAAUAAAAUUUUGAAUUACCUAGAUCAUUGUUUCACUGGUGUAUUUGCUGUGGAAAUGUUUCUCAAAAUUAUCGAUUUAGGGAUCAUAUUACACCCAGGAUCUUACUUGAGAGAAUUUUGGAAUGUACUCGAUGCCAUCGUUGUAAUCUGCGCUUUAGUUUCAUUAUCAAUGGAAAUAACCGGACUUAACGCUAACAAUGCCACUACUGGCAAAGGGAAAUCCGCCACCGCUAAUCUAGGAACCAUUAAAUCAUUAAGAGUGUUGAGAGUAUUGAGACCUUUGAAAACUAUCAAAAGAGUACCCAAACUGAAAGCAGUAUUUGAUUGCGUCGUGAACUCUCUAAAAAAUGUCAUCAACAUCUUGAUCGUAUACAUGUUAUUUCACUUUAUCUUUGCUGUCAUUGCUGUACAACUGUUCAAUGGGAAAUUCUUCUUUUGUAAUGAUGCGAGCAAAGCUACCGAAGAAGAAUGUCAGGGAUAUUAUUUGGCUUAUGAAGACAACAACCCGGAGGUGAAUGCGGAUUAUUAUAUGCCUGAAAAAGUGACGAGAAAUUGGACCAGAAGAUCAUUUCAUUACGAUAACGUAUUUGUCGCUAUGUUAACCUUAUUCGCAGUACAAACUGGAGAAGGAUGGCCUCAAAUUUUACAACAUUCUAUGGCAGCCACUUACGAUGGAAGAGGACCCAUUGAUAAUUAUCGUAUUGAAAUGGCUAUAUUUUACGUGAUUUACUUCAUCGUGUUUCCUUUUUUCUUCGUGAACAUCUUCGUUGCCUUGAUUAUCAUCACGUUUCAAGAACAAGGAGAGGCUGAAUUACAAGAUGGAGAAAUUGAUAAAAAUCAAAAAUCCUGCAUUGAUUUUACGAUAAAUGCGAUACCAUUCGAAAGAUACAUGCCGAAAGAUCGAAACAGCUUCAAGUAUAAAGUGUGGAGAGUGGUUGUGUCGAAUUUAUUUGAAUAUUUCAUCAUGAUGUUGAUCGUAUUCAACACGUUACUACUGAUGAUGAAAUAUCACAAUCAAGCUAAAUCAUACGAAAUUGCGCUGAGCUACAUGAACAUGCUGUUCACAUCCAUGUUUACCAUUGAAUGCAUAAUGAAAAUUAUAGCCUUUGGAGUCAGGAAUUUCUUCAAAGACGCUUGGAACGUUUUCGAUUUCAUUUGUGUGAUAGGAAGUUUAGUGGACGCCGGCUUGACUUUGUUUGCGAAUAAAGCGAAUUUACCAAAUCUUGGAUUUCUAAGAUUGUUUCGAGCAGCCAGAUUGAUCAAGUUAUUAAGACAAGGAUAUACGAUACGAAUCUUGCUGUGGACCUUCGUUCAGUCUUUCAAAGCGUUACCUUAUGUCUGCUUGCUGAUAGGAAUGUUGUUUUUCAUCUAUGCCAUUAUUGGAAUGCAAAUGUUUGGGAACAUUGAUAUCGAAACAGACAAUGAGAUAAAUAGGCACAAUAAUUUUCAAAAUUUCAUACAAGCGUUAAUGUUACUGUUCAGGUGCGCUACGGGGGAAGCUUGGCCAAAUAUAAUGUUAGCAUGCAUAAGUGGUCAAGCUUGUGCCAAGCCAACUGAUCCAAAUAGUCAAAAUAACAACACCGCUGUCGCUAAAACUGACGAUGGUGCUGCGGGAGAGUGUGGUUCGAAUAUCGCAUAUCCGUAUUUCGUUUCGUUUAUAUUUUUUUGUUCUUUUUUGAUGUUGAAUUUGUUCGUUGCCGUUAUUAUGGAUAAUUUUGAUUAUUUAACGAGAGACCCGUCCAUUUUAGGAGCUCAUCAUUUAGACGAAUUUGUUAGAAUAUGGGCCGAGUACGACCCUAAUGCUACCGGUCGAAUACAUUAUACAGAAAUGUACGACAUGUUGAAGAACAUAGACCCACCGUUGGGAUUCGGAAACAAGUGUCCGAAUAGGUUUGCGUAUAAGAAAUUGAUACGAAUGAAUAUGCCAGUAGAUGAAGAAGGCAAAGUGCAAUUUACAUCAACGUUGUUUGCACUGAUUCGUGAAAAUCUGUGCAUAAAAAUGAGAUGCGCCGAUGAAAUGGAUCAAGCUGAUGAAGAACUGAGAGAAACAAUCAGGAACAUAUGGCCAUUGCAGGCUAAGAAAAUGAUCGAUCUUUUGGUUCCUCCCCACGAUGAAGUAAACGAGGGAAAAGUCACCGUGGGCAAAAUAUACGCCGGUUUACAAAUACUGGAAUGCUGGAGAGCAACCAGAUUCAAAAAGACUGAUAACGGUAAUCCGCCGCGAUCUUCGUUUUUCAAUUGUCUGUUGGAUGUGGCCGCUGAGACUUGGGCCAGCAAUGGUAACCGUCCUCAAGAACACGAAUCCGAAAGUGCCUGUUUGUUGACGCGAAAGAACACAAGUAAAAGGUCGAAAAAGGUAGUCAUUACAACCAAGUAAAUUAAAAUAUUCUAACGAGAGAAUUAACCAUAUUCUAAAAACAAAUUACUUAGUUCUGUCUUAGUUGGUUUUUAAUUUAAUUUUUUUUACCGGUUUUUUUUUUCAUUUUUAUUAUUUAUCUUUAUUUUUUUUUAGUAGAUGCGCUCUCUAGCGUAUCAAUAUGAAAGCGAGUUUUUCAACUUGAAGUAGCGAAUUAAAAAAUAAUUUUAAAAAGCAUGAUAGCGAUAAUUUUUCGAGAAAAGAUUUCUUAUCGUAAUGGUAAAAUUUAGACAAGAACUGGAGUUAUUUUAAUUUGAAGUAGUUUUUGGUAUUGUCUACUGGAAAUGCCCUUCUCCAAUAUAUUAUCUACUCGAGGAAAAUAAUUUCCAGUUUACAAGACUUUUCGAAAGAGAUUCUGAUUCAAAAACUUCCUUCAGUUUACCUCCAAUAAGUUAUUGGUUAGUUAUUAUUGGCGGAAAACGUACCGAAAUAAUUUUUGAACAGUAUCUUAAGUUUAUUUUUGUCUCAGCACCAUUUAUAAUCGUGACAACACACGCAAUUAUUGUUUUAACUACGCUAAUACAAUGCUUAUAGAUAGUAAUGCAUCCUCUAAAGGCAUUCGCUUUGCUAUUCUAAAUUUUUUUUCACUUGUCGACCUACAUCGAUUUAAUUUGCAUACAUAGCAAUACAGUAGAAGCUAAAUUUAAGUAGGUAUUAAUUUAUUCGAAGGAUUUUGUGUUAGCGAAGAAAAAAAAAUAGAAAUAUUCAAUUAAAAAUUUUCCAAUAGACAAAAAUUGAAAAAAAAUAAAUGUUAGUUGAAGUUAUUUUAAUUUGAAAAAUAUAUUUAAAGUAACCUACAGCUAGCUAUUCUUGCGACGUGUAUUUACUUUUAUUAAUAAAAUAUUUUGAUA